AUGAUCGACGGCAGCUUUGGUUUCGAAAUGGUGAGGUGGUGGGUAGAGAGAGGGCGUGCAUGGCAGCCAUGGCUGACUGACGCCCCCACGCGCGCGCCCCAGGAAACGAUGGAAUUCCUAAACAUCCUUCAAGCGCACGGUUUCCCAAAAGUCAUGGGCAUCCUCACACACCUCGACCUCAUCAAGAAAGCGUCCACCUUGCGCGCGACCAAAAAACGUCUCAAAUCCCGCUUCUGGACGGAGAUCCAUCAAGGCGCAAAACUCUUUUACCUGUCCGGCAUCAUCAAUGCGCGCUAUCCCGAUGCAGAGAUUGCCAACUUGUCGCGCUUCAUCAGCGUCAUAAAGUUCCGUCCACUCGUCUUUCGCAAUGCCCAUCCUCACCUCUUGGCCGACCGGCUGGAAGACUUGACAGCGCGAGAAGAGGUGCGCGAAAAUUACAAGGUGGAUCGUCGCAUCACGCUCUACGGAUAUCUGCGCGGCACGUUGCUGAGAGAGGGUGCGCGCGUGCACAUUCCCGGCGCAGGCGAUUUUAGCAUCGCUUCGAUCGAAAGACUGGCAGAUCCCUGUCCCUUGCCGACGCUAGAGAGCGAAAAGAGGAGGAGAUUAAACGACAAGCACAAGUUGAUUCAUGCGCCCAUGAGCGAUGUGGGAGGCGUCAUGUUCGACAAGGAUGCAGUGUAUAUCAAUGUGAAUGGUCACUACUCGGGGCGUGGCAGCGGCGGCGGCGGCCGCGGCGCGGGCGCGGGCGGGGAGGGCGCGGGCGCGGAUAUGGUGGUGCGCUUGCAAGGUGCAAAGGAUACGUUGGAUGAGCGGGCAAGAGCGGGAAAGAUGCGCUUGUUUGAGGGGCAAGAGGGGGAGGGGGAAGAGGGGGAGGGGGAAGAAUUGCUUGCUCCUGCUCCUGCUCCCGUACGUGUCAGAAGAGCGGCUUUUGAUGACGGCGGAGGGGACGGCGGCGGGGACAGCGGUGACGACGACGACGACAGCGACCGCGACGACGACAGCGGUGACGACGACGACGACGACGACGACGACGACGCGGCGCUUUCUGAUUCACCGCCGCCGUCCUCGGCACACUCACGCGACGGCACGCUACCAUUUGCAGACUCGGAUUCCGACAUGGGCGACUACCCCGUGCAAGUCGACCUUGGAGAGAGGGCAAAGAGGGUGGUGAUGGAGAAUAGGAGGGGCACGGCAAAAGAUUGGAUGAGGGAGAUUUACGAGUCGGAUUUGAACCCUUGGCAGAUCGUCGGCGAGGGCACGGGCACGGGGGAGCGUUUGCGUUUGCGUUCGCGUUCUCGCUCGCGUUCCCGCUCGCGUUCGCGCUCCGGGUCUGAUGAGGCUGAUCUGUUCCAGCUGGCGAAUCGACAUGGCGAUGGCGAUGAGCACGGCACACUUGCAUUGGUUCCUGAUCAAUUCGAGGGGCAAAGAGAGGGAGUGCAGUUCAAAGAGGAUGCCGAGCUGGAUGCUAUUCGACACCUCUUUAUUACGGGAGCAGAGCAGCAAGUCGAGCGCGGCGGCGAGCGCGGCGAGGAGGACGAGGACGAGGACGAGGACGGCGACGGCGAGGCGCUCGACGCCCGCGCGCCCGCCGCGCGCAAAGAAGCGCUAAAGAGACGCUUCGACGAGCAGUACGACGACGACGACGACGACGACGACGCGGCGCCAAAAGGGGACUGGUACGACGAGCAAAAAGCAGAACUAACUCGACAGGCGGAAGCAAACAGGGCAGAAUUCGCUCAAGAAGAUGCUGCUACGCGCGAUCGCAUACAGGGCUACAAGCCUGGCGCAUACGUUCGCAUCGAGUUGAGGAAUGUGCCCUUUGAGCUGGUGCACCACUUUGACGCGCGUCGACCGCUUCUGGUGGGCGGAUUGCUUUCGAGCGAAGAGGCGCUAGGUUUCACCCAAGUCAGGAUCAAGCGGCAUCGCUGGCAUGCGCGCAUCCUCAAGACGCACGACCCCCUCAUCUUUUCCAUCGGUUGGAGAAGAUUUCAAAGCACGCCAAUCUAUUCGCUGGAUGAUGGGACGCGCAAUCGGAUGCUCAAGUAUACGCCCGAGCAUAUGCAUUGCCUAGCCACUUUUUGGGGUCCUUCCAGUCGACCAAACACGGGUUUUGCAGCCUUUAAUACGCUCUCUUCUCAAGUCUCUUCCUUUCGCAUCAGCGCAACGGGCACGGUGCUGGGUUCGGAUAGUGCAGCGGCCGCUUACAAGAUUGUAAAGAAGCUCAAAUUGACGGGAGUGCCGAGCAAGAUUUUCAAAAAUACGGCUUUCGUAAAGGACAUGUUCAAUUCCAGCUUGGAAGUGGCCAAAUUCGAAGGAGCGCACAUCAAGACCGUCUCGGGCGUGCGCGGUCAGAUCAAAAAGGCGCUUGCGAAGCCAGAGGGACAUUUCAGGGCUGCGUUUGAGGACAAGGUGUUGAUGAGCGGUGAGUGGGCGAGUACGUGCGAGUACGUGCGCGAAGCGCGCGUGCGAGGGGAGUAGGCGCGCGCGCGCGAAAAUCGUCUCGCUGACACGCACACGCACACGCACACGCACACGCACACGCGCGCGAAUCGUCUCGCUAACAUGCACACCCACACACACGCGCAGACAUCAUCUUUCUACGCGCAUGGUACGCGAUUCUACCCCGCAAAUACUACAAUCCCGUCACUUCGCUCUUGCAAGCCGGAGAAUGGCAAGGCAUGCGCUUGACUGGAACAGUUCGACGAGAAUCGGGCAUGAACGCACCCAAUCUCACCGACAGUCGAUAUGCUCCCGUCGUGCGACCGGAAAAUCGCACAUUCCACGCUCUCAAGGUUCCUAGAAAGUUGCAGGCUGCGCUGCCCUUUGCUAGCAAGACGAAAGUGUUGAAGAGGCAAGCGAAACAGACGUAUUUGACUAGACGCGCCGUCGUUGCUGAAAAGCCAGAGCGCGAAGCGAUGGCUCUUUUGCAGCGCAUGCACGCCGUUCAAAAGGUCAAGGGGGCGAAGCGCAAGGAGACCAAGGUGGCUAGGAGGGAGGAGAAGCGCAAGAGGGAGAGCAAGGAGGAGAGCGUGCGCGACGCAAAGAGGCAGAGGGCGAUCAAGCAGAGUCUCAAGGUGGCGGGGCAGGCGCGAGCAAAGACCGAGCGGGAGCGCGAGCGCGAGCGCGAGCGCUAG